CCCAUGACCAAAGGUUGUGUCCGGAGUGGGAGAAAGAGAAGUCUGGCUGCCUAGGUCUGGAUCUCUGGAGCUAUGUGAGAGGUCUGAUUGACGAUCAGAAACAACUGGAGCCCGCUGAGGAGGAAGAAUGUGCAGGAGGAGUGGUUUCCUGCCACCAGGGGACACCAUUGGACAAUGAAGGAUGCUCAAGAGUCUUAUCCAGGGCGUUCUGAGCCAAGGAGAUCUGAUAUCAUCUUUAGAGGGCUGUGCUCUGAGACACAGAGCGCCUUCUAUCCAGACCAAACCUGAGAGACCCAGGGAUAGGGAGUGACUACUGCAGCCCAACCCCAGCCCAGAGGACACAGGAACAGAGACAGGCAACAGCCCAGUGCCAGGGGACAAGGGGAGACUACAACAGCUCUGCACAAGGGACAGACCACAGCCCAAGAUCACAUCACCAAGAACAGAGAAAGACGACAGCCACAGACCAGGACCAGAGCACCCAGGGACAGGGAGAGACUAGUUCCAGAGAUGGCCUCGGCCGGCCUGGAGAUCCUGGGUAUGAUCCUUUGUGUGUCAGGCUGGCUAGGGGUCAUGGUAGCCUGUGGCCUGCCAAUGUGGAGAGUAGCCGCCUACAUUGGCCAGAACAUUGUCAUAUCUCAAGUGAUCUGGGAGGGCCUGUGGAUGAACUGUUCUGUCCAGAGCACGGGCCAGAUGCACUGCAAGGUCCACGACUCCAUGCUUGGACUCCCUGUGGACCUACAGGCGGCCCGAGCCCUGGUCAUCGUCUCUAUGGUGCUGUGCAUCAUGGGCAUCGGCCUGUCUGUAGCCGGGGCCAAGUGCACCAACUGCAGCUCGGACACGGGCAGCAAGCCUCGCAUGUUGCUGGGAGCCGGGGUGACCUUCAUCAUGGCGGGGCUGUUGCUGCUGACGGCUGUAUCGUGGACGGCUAACACCAUCGUCUUGGAUUUCUACGACCCGAUGCUGGAGGAAACGGGGAAGAGGGAGUUUGGGAACUCACUGUAUUUUGGAUGGACUGCCUCCUGUCUGCUUCUCCUAGGGGGAGCUCUACUCUGCUGCUCCUGCCCCCCGAAAGCACCCCAGGGUGGGAACGGGGCUGGGUCUGGGCACCACAAGGUGGUGAACUACUCUGCGGUCAAGUCUCCCAUGUCUGUUAAUGGAUAUAUGAGGAGGGACUAUGUGUGAGAGAGUGUAUGUUCAAUGGCUUUAGUAUAGAGACAGCCCCUUGAGACUGAUGGGACUGAUGGGAUAACUAGUGUUAGCGACCCCCCUUUCCUGAUUGCACACUAUAGGGGUAGUGCAGAACAAAUGCAGCCAUGUGGGAUAUUUGAUUCAGAUAUAAAGUAUAAAUGAUUGCCGAUUAAUGCUAGAUGUUUUACAUAUAUGAUUUCUGUAAAGCUAGAGACAUGCAUUUAUAGAGUCAAAUAAAUUAGAGAAAUAUCUUAUUCAUGUUUUACCUGUUCAAAAAUGUGUACUAAAUUCCAAAUGAAUGUUACUCAAUGAUGAAGAUUUAGAUCAUGAAAAUGUUAAUGUUGUUUAAAAUAAUUAAAAUAACUUUCCCAUUUAACCCUGAGUAA